AUGGCGUACACAGACUACGAUGCGGACGCGACUGAGCUGCUCGAGACAUACGACUUCCUCAUGAAGUUCAUCAUAAUUGGAGAGGCGGGGUCGGGAAAGACCUGUUUGCUGCACCAUUUUACGCAUAACUCCUUCAAGGAACACUCCCAACACACGAUUGGAGUGGAGUUCUCGAGUCGGACCGUCAAGCUCGGUGAGAAACGCAUCAAGCUGCAGCUUUGGGACACGGCGGGGCAGGAGAGGUUCCGGUCCGUGACAAGGAGCUAUUACCGCGGGGCGGCGGGGGCGAUCCUCGUGUACGAUAUCACCAGCCGCGCUUCGUUUGCGAAGCUCGCCCGGUGGCUCGAGGACGCGAGGGCUCUGGGCAGCCCGCACCUGGUCACGGUCCUCGUUGGAAAUAAGUCGGACAGGGAGGAAGAGCGGGAGGUGGAGUGGGCAGAGGCGAGUCGGUGGGCGGCCGAACAUGACGUGCACUUCCUCGAAACGUCGUCGCUUUCUGGAGACAACGUCGAGGCGCCGUUCCUCCUCUGCGCACGGUCAAUAUUGCUCGCCAUCGAGGCCGGCACGCUCGACCCUGAGAAGGCAGGAAGCGGGGUGAGCUAUGGAGAUCGUGCGCUGCGCCGGGUGAACAGCUCGAGUCGACUGAGCUUUGGGAGCCUGAGCGGGCGUCGGAAGAGUACGACGGUCAAGCUGAGGGUGCCUGGGACGAGCGUGCGCUGUUGUUAG